AUGCCACAAGCUCGCGCCGCAGUGGUGCUGCAACACUUCGCAUAUGCAUCUGUGGAAUGUCCGGACAUGCAGCCAGCCUUUAGUUUGCGAACUUCGAACUGGAAUGAGGUACUCGAGCAGACCACGACAGCUUGCACUCCUGCUCUUAGGUGCGGUACAUUGCAGAGUCGUGGAGAACUUUGGCAGAUCGGCACACCGGCGCUGCGUAUUGUAGAUGCAAGUGUUUAUGUGUUUGACGGGUGUGUGGCAGUGCGCGGCGCGAGUGGUAGAGGCGCGACCCAAAUCUGUGCAGCAGUGUCAUGUAAAUGUGACCGCAGCGAGUGGGCGCGCCGCGAUAACCUUACGACAACAAUGCGAACAAACCCGCGCCGGUUCCGUGGAAACACUCGACACUGCCUCACGCGGCAUGCUAACUAG